AUGUCAUCAGGAGUACGUGAUUUAGAGAGCUUAUCAGACGACGAGGCGCUUUUCGCAGAGCUCGAAAACGAAGAAGACAACGAUGUUUCCUCUGCUAUUCGUGAGAGAAGAAUCAAGGAGAUUCAAGACGAACUUGAAAGACGUCAUGCUCGAGUAGAGAAUCAGCAUGGACUUUAUACCGAUAUCACCAAGGAGAAGGAAUUUAUGGACAUCACCACUUCAGAGAAAUAUGUGGUUGGCCAUUUCUACCAUCAGGACUUUAGGAGAUGUAAGAUUAUGGACACACAUAUGGAGAAGCUGGCGCAAAAGUACUAUGAUACCCGUUUCAUCAAGAUUGAUGUACAAAAUGCGCCAUUUUUAGUGGAGAAAUUGCAAAUCAAAGUACUGCCAUGUGUGAUGGCAUGGGUGAACGGGUACGCACAAACUAAAAUUGUCGGUUUUGAUGAAUUGGGAAGUACCGAUAGUUUCCAAACAGCCGCUCUAGAGCUUAAACUACUUCAUGCUGGUGUCGUUAGAAAGAAGGAGGAAGCCAACCGUCAACAAAAGAAAUCUAUUUUUCAAUCCAAUGACACUGAUUCCGAGUUGGAAGACGACUAG